UAUUAAACUUAAAUGCAUAAAAUUGGAAAGAGACAGUGGGAAAAAUAAGAUAGAUACAUGAAAAAAUUUUGUUCCCUUACAGUGUGACAUUUUAUAACGUGAUACGAAAUAUUUUUUUAAUUAAAUUCUAAAUAAAGUGUAAAAACAAAAUCUUAAACUGAUGUUCCUAUACAAUCAAACAAAAUGUCUUUUUGGACAAAGUGCUACGCGUUUGGCAAAGAGGUCGUUCCACUCAAAGUUGAUCAAUGAGCAGGUAUUCCCCUCGGCAAAUGGCUCUCAUAACCAUCAUAGUGCCAAUUCGAAUUGGGAUCAUGAGCGUGACCGCCACCAUCGACGCAGCCAACACAUUCCCCAUCAACUUAAUCAACACCACCUGUACACCAACGCCACGGCCGCCAAUGGAAAUGGAAUUGGAAAUGAAAAUGUCAAAAUGAACUCAAACUCACAAUCAAUUUCCAAUCCCAAUUCCAAUCCACAGCAACAACAACUUCAACAUUAUGAACAUCAAAUUUAUAAAACAACAAUUCCAGUGAACAAUCACCAAUGUCAAAUUCAAAACUGUUCCAAUAAUAUUCAAAUGAAUCAAUCAGCUGUUUGCGGCAUGACUACCGGCAUCGGCUUAACAACCAAUGACGUCACAAACGGUGGAAUCCCCUCACAUUCACAUUGCUGUUGUCACAAUCACAACAACAACAACGACACCAACUGUCACCUAGUGCGCAACUCUGCCACCACCACCCCUCAACUAGAUGGCAAAAGAUUCGUUUGCCCUACAACAAAUACCAUCACUCAACCACACCAUGAAAAUCAUACGACCCUUGUUGGAUAUGGCAAUGGUUGUGGCGGCAACGGCAACGGCAACGUCAACAGCAACUGCGGCGGCGGCGAACUCACAGACGGUGUGGCAAAACUUUGCCAAUUUAGUUCGAAUCGAAACACUCAGCAAACGACGUCGUCGUCUCAUUCGUAUUCUCCUGCUCUAGUGGACGCAACUAGAACUACAAAUAAUAAUAACAAUUCAAAUUUUUAUUUUCAAAAUAGUCAUCGUGCUUAUAGCAGUUAUAUUGACAAACUACGAGGCGUUUCGACAUCAGCAAUUAGUGACGAAAAUAUAAAACCAUCAUCAAAAAUGGCAUCAUCAGGACAUAAUCGUGAUCGAUUGGGAAUGUGGGGAACUAGCGGUGAUAAUGAAGUUGCCGGAAAACUAUCUGGAUUGGAUCGUAUGCAAAAGAAGCGAUACAAUAAGGGACUUGGAUUUACACUUGAAGAACGACAAUUAAUGGGCAUCCAAGGUCUCCUGCCUGCAGUUGUGAAGACACUUGAAGAACAAGUUCAACAUGCUAUUAUCCUGCUCGAUCGUUUGGAAAAUGAUUUAGACAAAUAUAUCUACUUGAAUGGUCUUGCAGAUCGUAACGAACGAUUGUUCUACAAUGUAUUGGCUGCUGAUAUUGGUAAAAUGAUGCCAAUUGUUUAUACCCCUGUUGUGGGUUUGGGAUGUCAGAAAUUCAGUUUGGUAUUCCAAAAUCCAAAGGGAAUGUACAUUACCAUCAAGGAUAAGGGUCAUGUUUAUAAUGUUUUAAAGAACUGGCCAGAAACUGAUGUGAGAGCUAUUGUUGUAACAGACGGAGAGCGUAUUCUGGGUCUCGGUGAUCUAGGUGCAAAUGGAAUGGGUAUUCCUUGUGGAAAAUUGUCCCUCUACACAGCGUUGGCAGGUAUUCCACCACACCAGUGCCUUCCUAUAACUUUGGACGUAGGAACCAAUACUCAAUCCAUCUUGGAUGAUCCUCUGUAUAUUGGACUUCGUCAAAAACGUGUCACUGGAGCAGAAUACGAUGAAUUCCUAGAGGAGUUCAUGCAAGCCGUAAUGAGACGUUUUGGACAAAAUUGUCUUGUCCAAUUCGAGGACUUCGGAAACGCAAAUGCAUUCCGUUUGUUGUCCCGUUAUCGGGACACUAAUUGUGUCUUUAAUGACGACAUCCAGGGUACAGCAUCGGUUGCUUUGGCGGGACUCCUGGCUUCGCUUAAGAUCAAAAACACAUGUCUCAAGGAGAACACAAUUUUGUUCCAAGGUGCUGGUGAAGCUGCUUUGGGAAUUGCAAAUCUUUGCGUAAUGGCCAUGCAACAAGAAGGUCUAAGCAAAGAAGAGGCUAAGAAACAUGUCUGGCUUGUAGAUAGUAAGGGAUUGAUUGUUAAGAACCGCCCAAGUGGUGGCCUCUCAGAGCACAAGUUACAUUUUGCUCAUGAGCACGAGCCAGUCGAUACUUUGGCAGAGGCUGUGGAUAUUAUAAAGCCAUCAAUUCUCAUUGGAGCCGCCGCCAUUGGUGGAGCAUUUACACCAGCAAUUUUGGAAAAAAUGGCCGAAUUCAACGACACUCCAAUUAUUUUUGCUCUCUCAAAUCCCACCGUUAAAGCUGAAUGCACUGCCAUCCAAGCAUACACCCACACAAAGGGUAAAUGUAUCUUUGCCUCCGGAUCACCAUUCGAUCCUGUUGAAUACAAUGGCAGGACAUUCUAUCCCGGACAAGGUAAUAACUCGUAUAUAUUCCCGGGUGUUGCGUUGGGAGUUAUUUGCGCUGGCAUGUUGACCAUUCCCGAGGAGGUAUUCCUUAUGUCUGCCGAAAAACUAGCAGAGAUUUGUUCGGAUGAGGAUCUGGCCAAGGGCAGUCUUUAUCCACCUCUUUCUGCUAUCACUAAAUGUUCUAUUCAGAUUGCAGUUAAAAUUAUGGAGUACGCUUAUAAAAAUGGUUUGGCAACGGUGCGACCAGAACCUGAAGACAAGGAAGCGUUCAUCAAGUCCCAAAUGUAUGAACUCAACUAUUCAUCAGCUGUUCCCGAAGUAUAUCAAUGGAGUAAUAAACUGUAAAAUGUAACCAUCAGGAACUGAUAAAUGUCUUAAAUAUUAUUAUCUAUACACUCACCACCACCAACCAACCAUUAAUUUAACCAAAAAACACAAAAAAUAUAUGUAAAUCAGGGAGGGGAUAAGGAAUUUGUCCAAAAAAUAAACUCAACAAUUUUAUUGAUACCUUUAUCGAGAAAACAAAAUACUCGAACUCAACUAUGUAAGUUAUAGAAGUUCUUGUAUUUCGAUCGUCAUGCUCAUUAAGUUUUGUUUUUCUGAAUAUUAUUUUAUUCUAAUUUUCAAUUCGUUAAUUUUUGUUGUGUUUUUCUUUUUAGAAUAUAAUAUUGUUAAAUAAAAAAGCUAGUUUAAUAUAGUAAACAUAA